AUGGCUCCUCCGUCGCGUGCAUUCGCCGACGCAGCUGCCGCUGCUCUUCGGGCUCUCCAGUGCUCCGGACCGGGAGCUGUUGAUCUCGCCACCGACACUUCGGGUCGCCGUCCGGCGCGCCAGGGUCGUUCGGUGGGUGCCCCCGCCCCUAUCGCCGCUGGUGCUGUGCCUCCUGCCCCGGCCGCCGACACGGCCGCCAAGCGCCAGCGCUCCACCGUCGCCAACUCCCGCGCCUUCGGUCACGUUGGCAACUCGCGGGGCGUUCCUCCGACAGCGGUUGUCUUGGGCGAGCAGCAGAUGCUGGAACUCGCUCGUCUCGUCGUGGGUGUUGCCCGUUUACCUCCAGCUCGAGUCAACGCUGCUCUCGACCACAGCCUGCAAGCUGCCACUAACGUCGGUGAGGUGCUGGCUGCUGCCGUUGCUCCUCCGCGUCUCCCUCUUGCGGAGGCUGAUGAACUGGUGGCCCUCCGUCGCGAGAACGACAGGCUGCAGGCAGAGCUCUCCGACGCCAAAGAUAAACUCGCUGAAGAGAUGAACCUGCGGACCAAGUCGGACUACUUCCUCGUCUCGGCCAACUCUGAGUGCGACCAAGCUCUGGACCUCGUCCAGGACAUGCGCGUCCAGCUCAGCAACGCCAGCGCUCAGUUGAUGCAAGCGAACGUGGCCAUCGCUCACCACGCUGAUGUCACUCAGUCGUUGGAGAAGCGGACGCUCGUUGCUGAGGCCGAUUCGGCCGCUGCUGUACGUCGGAACACCCAGCUCCACGAGCGUAUAAGUGCAAGCCUCGUUACCUACAACACUCAGUUGGAGAGGCUUCGGAAGCAGUUGGCCGACCAUGACCGAGCAAACGUCAUCCCCGCACGCAUUCAAGCGUUGACGGACGAGAACAACAGCCUACGGCGAGCGAAUUCUAUCCUUCGUCGGCACUCGGCAGCACACGGACUCGACGUCGACACCUUGGUCCUGGCUUCAGCCGGCAUCUCCGCUGCAGAGAUUGAUUGGAAUCUUCUCGGGCUAUCCCCACCGACAGUCACUGUCGAGAGUCCACGCCAUGACGAAUCCUCGUCAGAGGAGGGAGAGGAGUCCAAGACGACCGACGUGCCGAUGGCUGAAUCCACCGAGGCUACGUCCACUCCCGCUGCUUCGGUGGGCGCUUCUGCUGCGGGGUCGGCAAACCGAGUUUGCUUCCGUCGGUAA